CAACUGACGGUUGAUGGUUUGGAGGUAGUCUGUGGAACUACGCAGCUCUACUCCCAUUGUGGUCGAAGAGAACCAGCGACCUAGAAGAAAUUGUUGCCCCGGGGAUCGGAUCCGAUGAUGGGGGUAUAGUGCUUUUGCUGGCCACCAUGUUUGUGUUAGUAGAAAUGACGGAUACAGUGCGAAUACCUCCAUGGCAGUUUGAAAGAAAGCUUAAUGAUGCAAUCACUGAAGAGUUAAAUAAAAAGUUGGCUAAUAAGGUUGUAUAUAAUGUUGGCCUCUGUAUCUGUCUAUAUGACAUUACAAAGCUGGAAGAUUCCUACAUAUUUCCAGGAGAUGGUGCAUCACACACAAAAGUACAUUUUAGAUAUGUUGUAUUUCAUCCAUUUUUGGAUGAAAUUCUGGUCGGAGAGAUAAAAGGCUGCAGUCUUGAAGGUGUACAUGUUUCUCUUGGGUUCUUUGAUGACAUACUCAUUCCUCCAGAAUCUCUACAACAGCCUGCCAAAUUCGAUGAAACGGAACAGGUAUGGGUUUGGGAAUAUGAGACUGAAGAAGGAGCUCAUGACCUGUAUAUGGAUAUGGGAGAAGAAAUACGUUUCCGUGUAGUAGAUGAAAAUUUCAUUGAUACAUCUCCAACAGGCCCAAGCUCUGUAGAGCCUUCCACAUCUAGUGGCACUGAGGAGACACAGAAGAAAGAAGCACCCUAUACUAUUGUGGGAUCUAUCAGUGAACCCGGUCUGGGUCUUCUAUCCUGGUGGACGAACAGUUAAUUGAAGGUAAAGAUGGACAGUUUACACUGAAAAAGCCAGAAGAUGCCUUGAUCGACAGUUGCAGAAUGGUAACUUUUUCCCCAUUUCUGCUUUAUAUUAAAUCAAGUCAGUCCGAUCGAGAUAUAGAAAUAAAUGAGUGCGCUUAGUGGAAUGUCAUCAAAACAGAAUAACUAUGCAUCAUAACUCUAGAACAUUACUGUAAUAAUCCUGAUGCUUUUUUCCACCAAUAUAGGAUAUAAGCACCUGGGAAUGGUAUGUUAGCUGAAAAGAAAAAGAAAAGAAGAUCCUCUAAAUUAAAAAAAGAUACAAAGACAAUAUUCUGAAGGAUUGACCUCAUGCUGCUACAGUUCAUUAUGAAAAUAAAUGUUAAAAAUGACUAAUACUGAAAAGGCACCACUUUUUUUUUCCAAAGGAUAGAAGGGCUGCUUGUUUUUUAAAUUCAGACAGGUUGCAGUAAAACUGUGGUAUAGCUACUUGCCUCUUCUCCGUUUUGUAACAAAUUAUCAUUUGGAAGGGCUGCAACCUUGGGUAAAAUGAAUAAGCUGCUUUUCUGCCAGAAUUACAGUUAAAAUAGAAGAUAAUACUGUAUGUAUAGCUCAGAGUUGAACUAUAGACUCCUUGGUGUUCUCUGCGCUUUGUUAUUAGUUUGCACACAUUUCAUUACCCAAACAGUAACAUUGGUGAACAUUAUCAGAUGAUACCUAGUUGGGUAAAGUAACAUUUGCAAGCAAACAACCAAACUCUAGAGAGUAGCAAGGACUCCAUAUUCCAGUCAGAAAUUCUGUUUUAUCCAGACAACAAAGAAAACUUAUUUUUCUGAGAAAAUAUAUGACCAUUACUGUUUUUAGCAUAAAUACUGCAGAGAGACAGAUAGCCUCCAGGGAUGUUCCAUUGAGAAGGGGCAUUGGUCUUACCUUAGACACCCUUUCUCAGGGAGUCGACGGGAAAAUCCAGAUUGGGUAGUCUCUUGUCUCAUUGCUCUACAGACUGAGUUGAAUUCUGAGGACACGCUUCCCUGGUAAUGGUUCCCAGUUGAAACGAAGCCAAAGCGAAUCCUGUUGUCCUUCUCCAGCCCAAAAGUACCCCCUCUGGGGCUCUGGACCAGACAGUCCUCAGGGUGGGGCUGGAUUCUCCUGUCAACUCCCAAGAAAGGGAGUCUCAGGUAAAACCGACGCCCCUUCUCCAUUGUGUCAAUGGGAGAAUCCAGAUUGGGACAUACCAAAGCUGGCUGUCCUAUGGGCAGGAAUUGGUCUGGUCUGGAGUCCCCGCUUCAACAUGUACUCUUUGGAGGACGCGCCUGCCGAAGGCCGGCUCCAGAGAGGCGAAGGUGUCCAGUCUAUAGUGCCGUAUGAAUGGUGAUAGUGAUGACCAUGUCCUUUGCCACGAUUCAAAAGGCAGGCUUAUGCGGUAGCAUAGUUGUCACGGCGAUUCAGAAUCUCAGUCUCCAGGUGCAAGCGUGGCAACGGCCAGGUAGUUUGCCAGUGGGACCUGAACUUUGCCGCAGACCAAAAGGCAGGCUUACGCAGAAACGCUGCUGCCGCGGCGAUCUAAAACAUAGGAGUGUGAUCGAUCGAUCAGGGAGUCCAGCCCCCUUCCACAGCUGCGGAAUGCACCAGCAGGGCCUUGCCCGCUGUCCUGGCCGUCCUCAGCAGAGUCGGACAGCCUGCCUGUCAAAUUCCCUUUUGUUCCAGUUAUCUGUCAAUCAAAAGAAUCCAGGGAUUGGAAGUCCUUUGAGAGGUUCAGAGCCUCUAAGGAAGACAUCUGAACGAGCUGAGACUGAGUUGAAAACUGGGGACCGUUACCAGGGAGGCAUGUCCUCAAAAUUCAACUCAGUCUGAAGAGCACAAGACAAGAGACUACCCAAUCUGGAUUCUCCCAUCGACACAGUGGAGAAGAUAAAAUUUUAUAUACACACAUACACAUAUCUCUAUAUGUUGCUAUGGCUCUUUUUCAAUGAAAGAACUUUAUAUGCAACAUUUGUCCCAUGUUAAGUAUGAAACAGGCCUGGACCAUUUUUCUUGCACUGUAAUAGAAAUUAAUAUUAAAAAAGUUCUAACAUAUUAUAAAAAAACAUCCUUUUAGAACACCUGGUUCUUGCUGACUGUAUUUUCUAACAAAUAAGCAUUCCAAAUUCUAAAAGUUUUCAUGAUGCUGCAAUUCUGUGUUUGUGCAGAAAAUUUUCUACUCUUGGUGUUAGUUUUUUUGCUCUGAUUACUGCUGAGAUGCAAUGUUUUACUUUCUAAUAUUGUGUAAUGAAAAUUGGUAGAAAAAUGAAUGUUUAAAAUCUAGCUGAUAACUAUACAACCAGGGUUUUUUCCUGCUGUUCAAAGAAAGGAUUUUGGACUAAAGGCAAUGAUCUUUACCGGUAUUAAAUUUGCCAUCUUUUUUGCUUGUUAUCCUUUGAUGUUAUUUAAAUGUAAUUAGAAUUUUUAUAUUAUGCAUCAAAAUUUUGAUACUUCUUAUACAAAAUAUAAAAUUACUAAGAGUUGACAAUCAUUUUUAUCAUUUUUCUGACAAUUUCUGUGUCGUACUUGCUAUUCUAUACUGGAUCUAUUAGACUAUGAUCUUUGAAUUGUUUUAAGACUGGGUUCUGUUAAAUUACUUCCACAUAUACCAUACAUCUGCUCUUCCUUUGGCAGAUAUUUUUCCAUUAACAGAUACUCAUUACUAAAUUCUGUACUUGAGUCUGGAAUAAAUUACUGAACACAG